AUGGUUCGUUGUGAUUGUGGAGCCCCAACCCUAGUCCGAACAUCGUGUACACAAACGAACCCCGGAAGGCAGUUCUAUUGUUGUAAUCGACAGGGACGAAGUUGUGGGUUUGUUUGUUGGGCACAAGAAGCAGUGUCGCCAAAUGCCAAUGAUUUGAUACAAGGUUUAAUGAACACACUGAACCAGGUUGAAGAAAACAAUAGGGUGUUGAAUGAACGUAAUCGGGUGUUGACUCAACGAAAUAGGAUUCUAGAAGAUGUUGCAAGGACUUUGAAGAAUGAGAAUAAGCUUCUGAAAACAAUGUUGUUGGUUUGUGUGUUUGUGUUCAUGUGCAAGAUGAAGUUUACUGAUUAGGAAUGAAAUGACUAAUUCGUUUUUGUAU